UCCUACAUAAGCGAUCGAAGUAUGUUUGGCAUAGCAAGGCCAGCAGCACAACCAAUUGGCGCCUUUGGCAGCAAGUGGCGCGCGCGCUGAGCUCGGAGCCUCGGACAGCAAAAAAAACUGUGUCCCCAUGGCAGCUGCGGCCAAUGGCGCGGACGACCAUGAGCUGCCGCUCUUCCACCCGUCCCCUCCGUGCGCGCACUACUACGUGCAGAGCCCCUCCGCGGCGUCGCACACGCUCAGCCACCCGGCGUCCGAGUCCAUGGCGCUCAUCCUCUCCCCGUUCCCCAACCUCCACCACGACGCCGACGACGCCCGCCACUCCCGCGACGGCCGCGACCACGACCACGACCACGACCACGAGGAGGCCUCCCGCCUCACCCUGUCCCGCUACUCCUCCUCCCGCGGCUCCAACAGCUUCUUCCCCGCCGGCGACAAGAAGCCCGGCCGCCGCCGGCAGGUGCUGAGGGUGCUGUCGGGGCGCUCAUCGGGCGGCGACGACGGCGACGACGCAGACGGCGAGGCCCAGCGGAGCGGAGCGUGGCGGUACGUGAAGCUGGACCCGGAGGCCCCCUGCUGCUGCAUCGCGUUCCAGGUGGCGUGGCGGGUGGCGGCGAGCGCGGCGCUGGCGCUGCUCGUCUUCGUCCUGGCCACCAGGCCGCGGCACCCCGGGGUGUCCUUCCGGGUCGGCAGGGUCCAGCGGUUCGCGCUGGGCGAAGGCCUGGACGGCUCGGGCGUCGAGACCAGCUUCCUCAACUGCAACUCCUCCGUCGACAUGGUGGUCGAGAACCACUCCAAGGUCUUCACCCUGCGCGUCCGCCCGCCGCGGCUCGAGAUGUCCUUCGGCCGCUUCGUCUUCGCAACCUCGCAGGGGGACGGCGGGUCUUCGCACGACGUCGGGCCGCGCGGCACAUCGACGGUGAGGCUCUUCGUGGCGGCGCAGGAGAAGCCCAUGUACGCGGCGGGGCGGGGCAUGCAGGACCUUCUCGAGUCCAGCCGCGGCCUGCCGCUCACCAUCACGGUCCGGGCGCGGUCCCGGUACCGAGUGGUGGGGAGCCUGGUCAGGCUCACGUACCGCCACGACUCCCAGUGCGUCGUGCUCCUCAGGAGGACGCCCGACCGGAGCAACGGCAUCGUCGCCGCCGCCGGCAGGGACACCUGCUCCGCCGCAAGCUAGCGCACGCGUGCCCGGCACAUAGCUGCCGCUGUCUCUCCGAUCCUCUGCUUUGCCCUUUCACGUAUUUCUCCUGAUUCCUUACCAGGAUCGAGUACAGGAGCAACCGGAAUUUCUAGACGUGUUGUGCAACCAUGACCGCGGAUGUGCAACCAUGAAUUGUGAUGCGUUGUAGUGUGUGACCCUGAGCAACUGUGAUGUGAUGUGUUGUGCGUGUACAGUGGUGUUUCACCGAAGUGACAGUGCAUAGUGGCGUGCCUCUUCCCUGCUUUUCUA